AUGUCUCUCAUUCUCACCUCCCACUUUGAGUUCCUCGUCGGACCCGAGCGCACUUCGGUGACAGUUCACAAGGGCCUAGCAAGUGGGCUUUCCGAACCCCUCGAUGCUCUGAUGAACAAUGGGAAGAUGCUGGAGUCGACAACCGGCACAGCUGUGCUGGAGCAUGUUGAAGUCGAUGUCUUUGUCGCUUUCUGCGAGUUCGCGUACAGAGGCUCCUACACUGUUCCGACCGGCAGGGAAAUGGACUCGGACAGCAAGAUCCCGGAGAAUCGCAGUUCGGACCCUGAUGCAGGCCUUGGUGGAACUGCGAAUGUGGCCUAUCCGGGCAAGACGCCUUCUUACCCAAGAGUUCCCGAUGAAGACGAGUGGUUAUCCACUCACGGCAGUGAGUAUGACUGGACUUGGGCCAGUAGAUGCAAUCAAUGUGCAGAAGUCAGGGAGAGGAGAAAACUGAGUGAGUGGAUGGAUGGACCACCCUAUAUGAGAAAAGCUCGACUGCCGCCGCCAGAACCGAACCUCUGGGUACGACUGGUGACGACGUUCGACGAGCUGAAAUUCGCCGAAGCCGACCUUAGUAGGGAACGGAGCCAACCAUCAUCACUGACUUUUCACGCUAAGGUCUACGCGUUUGCCACGACCUACCUCAUCAGGCCACUGCGGGACCUCUGUCUGGGGUAUCUGCACCACGAGCUCUGCGAAGUCCCUCUUUUGGUCGAAAAUCUCCAAUACAUCUUCGACCUGGUGGAGUAUACCUAUGGCCACACACAGCGCGGAGAGGCCUGGGGGCCCAAGUUGCGGGAGCUUGUUGCCCACUAUGUUGCUAGCAGGGCGCACUUUCUGAGUCGGUACGAUCGACUGUGGGAUCUGUUGGAUAGCUAUGGCGAGGCUGGAUCGGAUCUGCUGCGGUUUCUGGUUGACGAUACCUGUUCCAAGUAG